AAAGGAAAUUAAUGAAUCACAAGAUGUCAACUUUGCAGUUCCUGUUGUUAAAUAUUUGCACAUCAACCCGUUAAUAUAGGAAUUAUAUGGUCUAGUUGACAUCUGUGAAUUGUUAUUCCGAAAGAUGUCUGCAUUUCAAAGCCCUCGACCCACUCCGCGUUUCUUCCAAGAGUUGCAGACAUUUUCAACCAAAAAGUCCAGGGGAACACCCAGAGAUUCUCUUCCACCGAAGCCUCCAGUGAAAAGUGCUCCCCCAGUCAGUCGGAUAUUCCCACACAGACCUGUGACAAGGGCUCAGCUCGUCUCUUUCAGAAGCACCACUAGUCAAGACUCUAUUUUGAGUCCUGGCUACAAUCAGCACAGCAGGGAAUCUUACUUCAGUCAGUGCUUCCAGAUCAUCUCGCAGUUGGGCGUUGGCUCUUUUGGAGAGGUGUAUCAAGUUCGCAGUAAAGAAGAUGGAAAAUUGUAUGCAGUGAAGAAAUCUAGAGAUAGGUUCCGUGGGGAAUCAGACAGGCGAAGAAAGCUGGAGGAGGUAGCUAAGCAGGAGAAGCUGCCGAGUCACCCUAACUGUGUGAGGAUAUAUCGUGCCUGGGAAGAGAGGCUUACCCUCUACCUUCUUGUGGAGCUCUGUAAAACAAGUUUGAGCAACUAUGCAGAGACACACCAUGAUAUUCCAGAGAGUGUUAUUUGGGACUAUUUGGUGGAUCUGCUACAGGCAGUGAAGCAUCUCCAUGACAACAACCUGGUGCAUAUGGACAUCAAGCCUGACAACAUCUUCAUAUCACAGGAUGGCAUCUGCAAGCUCGGAGACUUUGGGCUCGUCAUUGACCUCUCCAAGGGUAACGACUUUUCCGAAGCUCAAGAAGGGGAUCCGAAGUACCUAUCUCCAGAAUUGAUGAAUGGCAAGUUUGGCAAACCAGCAGAUAUAUUUAGCCUGGGUAUAACUAUAUUGGAGUUGGCCAGUGACCUUGACCUGCCCCGGGGUGGGGAUGGCUGGCACAUUCUCCGCCACGGGCACAUGCCAGAUGAGUUUCUCAGGGAUAAGUCAUUUGACCUGAAGUAUGUGAUUGGUCAGAUGUUGGACCCGGAUCCAAGGUGCCGUCCGACUGCUGAUCAGUGUCUUGCAUUUCCCUAUGUCAGAAAGGUGUUAAAGCGCCGUCGUCGUGACUACAUGCUGAAAAGUGCUGUGGCAACAGUAAAGUCAUCCCUGCACACCCUGUGGGCCUGGUUCCUGGCCAUGUUCACUCUGCUUACCCUUCCUGUACAGAGGCUGCGAUAUCGGUUUGGAAAAAGGCGAUCCUCUAUUACGUCUGGCACAGGAUCAGACACAUCCCAUCUUGACCAUAGUCUCUCUGAUGAUGAGCUGUUUUGUAAUGAUGUGAGCAUCACCAACAACUCAAUUGGAGCCCCACUGGAAAGUUCUUCAUCAGAAAACAGCAUAAUGGAUCCCUCCCCAUUCAAGCCACCCAUGAGGAAUGCGUUCACGACUCCUGCCCUGAGGAACCGUCACUACAGCCACAUUCCAUCUCCAAUUAGUUCAUCACCUGUGGCACAUGGAUCAAGAGCUACUCCUGGCCACUCAGCGAGCCCAGUCCACAACACAAGAGAGGACUCCCUGGACACUAGUAGCCUUAGCUGGAGUGACGAUGAUCGACCAGUCACACCCACUGUCGGUCAGGCGGAAGAUACUCCAGUGAACAAGUCGACUAUAGAGCCUAAAAACCUCAUGGGGAUGUUUGAUGCUGCCAGUGAUGAAGAGUGUUAAGGUUCAUGCACGCCUGGACAUGUGGGCUAGUAACCCCAGUGUUAAGGUUCAUGCGUGCCUGGACAUGUGGGCUAGUAACCCCAGUGCCUGGACAUGUGGGCUAGUAACGCCAGUGUUAAGGUUCAUGCAUGCCUGGACAUGUAGGCUAGUAACCCCAGUGUUAAGGUUCAUGCGUGCGUGGACAUGUGGGCUAGUAACCCCAGUGUUAAGGUUCAUGCACGCCUAGACAUGUGGAUUAGUAACCCCAGUGUUAAGGUUCAUGCAUGCCUGGACAUGUGGGUUAGUAACCCCAGUGUUAAGGUUUAUGCAUGCAUGCGUGCCUGGACAUGUGGGUUAGUGACCCCAGUGUUAAGGUUUAUGCAUGCAUGCGUGCCUGGACAUGUGGGUUAGUAACCCCAGUGUUAAGGUUUAUGCAUGCAUGCGUGCCUGGACAUGUGGGUUAGUGACCCCAGUGUUAAGGUUCAUGCAUGCCUGGACAUGUGGGUUAGUGACCCCAGUGUUAAGGUUCAUGCGUGCCUGGACAUGUGGGUUAGUAACCCCAGUGUUAAGGUUCAUGCAUGCCUGGACAUGUGGGUUAGUGACCCCAGUGUUAAGGUUUAUGCAUGCAUGCGUGCCUGGACAUGUGGGUUAGUGACCCCAGUGUUAAGGUUUAUGCGUGCCUGGACAUGUGGGUUAGUGACCCCAGUGUUAAGGUUUAUGCAUGCAUGCGUGCCUGGACAUGUGGGUUAGUGACCCCAGUGUUAAGGUUUAUGCGUGCCUGGACAUGUGGGUUAGUAACCCCAGUGUUAAGGUUUAUGCAUGCAUGCGUGCCUGGACAUGUGGGUUAGUGACCCCAGGGUUAAGGUUCAUGCAUGCCUGGACAUGUGGGUUAGUAACCCCAGUGUUAAGGUUUAUGCAUGCAUGCGUGCCUGGACAUGUGGGUUAGUAACCCCAGUGUUAAGGUUUAUGCAUGCAUGCGUGCCUGGACAUGUGGGUUAGUGACCCCAGUGUUAAGGUUCAUGCGUGCCUGGACAUGUGGGUUAGUAACCAUGUGUUCAAUACUGCCAGUGUUCAUGGCAAUAUGACAAAUAGCGUUUAAUUGUGCUUUGAUCAUUAACCAGUGAUGUGUUCUACUUUAUCUAUGCAAUACAAGUGGUGCCUUAAAGAUAUAUUACUCAAGUUGUUCACAUUGUACAGUUUUAUUGUGUUAUUGCUGAAUUAAAAAGAAUGUGUUCCUCAACUGUGUUCCGAUACAAUUAUUAUAUUGAAAUGUGUUCAUACAUGUAUGUUGAAAUGUGUUCAGAUAUUUAUGUUUAUUGACAUUGAGAUUGCUUUGAAAUGUGUUCCAAAAGUUUUAAACCUGUAUUUUGAGGUGUGCUUCAUCUAUGCCAAUUUAUUUCCAAGAUGAUUUGAUAAAUUCUUGUUCCAUGUCAUGUUAAUUUUGAUAUUUUAUGUUCUGAUUGUAAAUUUGUCAAAUACUGCUAUAAAUAACCACAUGUGUUCUUGUUACAAUUGUUUAUUGUAUUAUUGCUGUAUUGUUUCACUGUAUAAACUGCAAAAUUCACUGUAUUAAAUGAUAUAUGUCCUGUAUAUUAUUUUCUUGUGCUUUUUUAUGUAUUUGUUCAUCUUUCAGCUAAGCUUAAAACAAGGUAAACAUUAUUAGCUCGUUGAAUUAUGGCCCAAUAUCUACUUAAAAACAGCCGACUUACUGAUGUACAUUCAGCAAAACAGAACCGCAUAACUUUCAGAAUUUUGUUAUUACAUGCAGUGCAUAAAUGUGAAUACUUUUUAUAUUUGUUAAAAUGUCUCGUAAAUGUUCUUUGUGUUUUUUCAAUUGUUAUUUUUUUGCAAUUCUGUUGACCUGUUAAAGAACGAACUGCUUCAAAGUAUUUCUAAUUUCUGUAUAUUUUGAAAAGCUAGUUUUCAAUAAAUUAA